AAUACGUAAUAAAAACUUAAAGCUAUAAUAAUGAUUUUGUUUAAUUUUGAAACGGAAAAUAUGGAAAAAUCCAAAUCAUCAACCAACGGCAAUGAAACAAAAGAAAAAGUGUCACAAGAUGAUGUAAAUCUUGAUGAAGAAUUCAAAGGUGCAUCAGAUUGCUCUGGGCCCAAACCCAAAGAGAAUGGAUGGAUGAACUUUGACUUCGCUGAUAAUAUAAUAUAUAUUUUGUUUUUUCUCGCCUUAAUCUUGAUUGUGGGUUUAGCAUAUAUCGCGGCUCGCAUUCUAUGCUUUGCCAUACAGAACAAAAUAGAUAUUUCUAAUAUUUUAAGCCACUUAGAAUGUUAAUAACAAAAGAAAAAUGAUUUCAUCACUAAAACAUGCAUUGUUGCAUUUUGUACACUUUAAAUAUUACUAGUUGAUAUAGAUUAUCAUACUACCUAUUUACACACACAAGUUUAU